AGUGACAGCAUUAUCGAAACAAAAAUGUUCAAAAUAGUCGCGGCUUUGUGCCUAGUGGCCACAGCUUACGCUGUAGAAUUCGAAAUUACCAACCACGACGGUGGAGAUAUCUGGGUUGGUAUUUUAGGAAACGGAAAACCAGACGGCUCACACUACGAACAUUUGCACAACGGAGGUUUCAUUUUGGGAUCCCAACAAAGUAUCUCCAUCAGUGCUCCCGAUGACUGGCAAGGUCGUUUCUGGGCCAGAACCUGGUGUGACGAAUCGACUGGUCAAUGUUUGACUGGUAACUGUGGAAGAUUGGAAUGUGCCGGUGCUGGUGGUGAACCUCCAGCUACUUUAGUAGAAAUCACCCUCAGGGGAUGGGGUGGAAUCGAUUACUACGACAUCUCUUUGGUUGACGGUUUCAACACCUUGGCCACCAUCGAACCCAUUGGAGGAUCCGGUGAUGGCGGUGAAUACAGUUGCAGGAAGGCCGUCUGCGAAUACCACAUCAACAACGACUGUCCUGAUGAAUUGAAGGUCGAUGGUGAACACGGUGUUAUCGCCUGCAAAUCUGCUUGUCUUCGAUUUGGAGGUGAGGAAUACUGCUGCUCUGGAUCUCACAACACUCCCGAAACUUGCAAAUCCUCCGACUGGCCCGUCGACUAUCCCAAAUACUUCAAGGACCGUUGCCCAGACGCUUACAGCUACGCGUACGACGACCACAAGGCCACCUUCACCUGCUUGGCCAACAAAUACGUCAUCACUUUGGGAGGUUAAAUAUUGUAAAAAAUUUGGUUAUUUUUAAAUAAAUUUAUUUUCACAACACAA